AUGGCAAAAACAUCAAAAACUAUUCCUCAAAAGGAAAAUGCUUCUUCAUCGCGGCUGGCCGGCGGCAAAACACCGGCGGAACCGCGCCCUGAGGAGUGUGUUCCAAGGGGGUGUGUCCUCACUUCCAAUUUUAAGACCGAUAAAGCCUCAUCGAUUCUCGAUCGAUGUGAGCCAGUGUCAAGGUAUAUAUGCUCGAUAAAUGAGGGAUACCCUAAGCAGGACAAAAAGAGGAAAAAGACCUCACCCUCCGAGGAUCCAGAACCUAAAAAGAAGGCGGCUCGUAAGCCGAGGAAGAACAUCAUCCUCUUGACCAAAGAGUUUGUUCGGCGUCUAAGGGAGGAAGACGACAAAGAGGAAGAAGACGACUCCAGGAUGGUGGCCCGAGUGGGAAUGAGCAUCGAGGCCCCAAAGGCCACUGAAUCGGUGAAGGCUGCAGAGACUUCAUCUCGAGAUGAGGGGGUCUCGGGAAGAGACUUCAGAGAAGUCCCCAAGUCAUCGAGGAUCAAAGAAGCCCCUAACCAUACUGAGCCAAUGAUGAUUCAAGAGGCUCGGGCCUUGAAGACGCUCUCCAUCGAAGGAGCCCACGGAAGUGAGGACCCCUUCCAUGAUUACUUUACUGGGGUCGAAGAUACUAUCGGCCUGAGUGACUUGGAGGUCUCAAGGAAGGACUUGGGCGAGGCAUCGAGCCUUUGCAGUGAAGCGCAGCAAGCUCUGAAUCGGGUAAGCCCUAACUCCCCUUGCCUCCGUGCUUCAUCGGGAAGCAUUUUCUCAGUCUCGAGCCGAGCUGAUCGGUACGAGGCUGACAUUCAAAGGCUUACCGAGGAGAGGAAUGCCCUCAACCUUAUCGGUAAGCAAAAAGAAGAACAGAUCAAGGACCUCCUAGCCGAGUUGGCCACGGCUCACAAAGAUCAGACCGACCUGGUCAAGCAGAAGAAGGUCGAGAGGAUCGAGCAGUUCCGUGAGGAGGUCAACAUAAUAAAGGCAGAGUCCUUGGAGUGGAAAGAAGGUAUGGACUGCUUUGCUACAGAAAAAGAGACUACUCGAGCCCAAUUAUCAUCGGUCAAAAGUCAGCUCCAAGCUGAAAAGGCAAAGGUCGAGGCAGAUGUGAUCGUGGCCAUCUACCGAGCCGAUGCUGAAGCUACUCAAGUCCAAGCAAGAGAGAUAGUAAAGGCUAGAGAGCUUGAAGCUGAAACUGGAGCGCUGGCCUCUUCCGAUGAUGAUGAUGAUGAUGGCAGCAAGAGCGAGUCUGAGAAUGGGGAGGACCUCGAUGGAGAAGAGGCUGCCCCCGGAGAAAAUUACGAACCUUAUGAUUUUUCACUUUUGAUCUUUUGUAUAGGAUCCUGA